AUGACCAUAAAUCGUCUAGAAUUAUUAUCCUGCUGUAUAGGAGUCAGACUCGCAGCUCUUGCUUUACAAACACUCAAAUUAGACAACGUUCCAAAGAAUUAUUGGACAGAUUCGAGUACUGCUCUUUCUUGGAUCCAAAGAGAUGACCAUUGGGCGCCAUUUGUCGCAAAUAGAGUAAAAGAGAUACGAAAAUUGUCAUCGGAAUCUGAAUGGCAUCACAUUCCAGGAAAUUCGAAUCCAGCAGAUAUACCAUCACGAGGGUGUUCGAUUAAGAGUUUUGUGAAAUCUCGCUGGUGGCAAGGGCCAGAAUAUCUUAUGAAGAACGAUGAAGAGUGGCCAACUAGUGAAGUGAUUACUAACGAAGCAGAAAUUAUGAAAGAAAAGCGAAAGAACAUUAUUUCAACUUUGGCUAAUAUCACCGCUGAAAAUUGGUAUCUGAUUUACUUUUCAAGUUACUUUAAAAUUGUAAGAAUGAUUUCUUGGAUUCUAAGAUUCAUAAAUAAUUGUAGACAUGGAGGAAGAAAUUCUGGCAAAACCCUGAGUGUUGAAGAAUUGGACAUUGCUGAGAAGAAAUUAGUGAAGAUUGUUCAACAAGACACAUUCUCUAGUGAAGAACUGUUGAAGGGACAUUUUACUUUCAGGGAUGAAGAAGGGAUUAUAAGAUUGAAAACGAAGAUUUUGAGAAGACAUGAUGAUGAAAACUUCUGGUGA